AUGCCAAAUCCUCCUCAGCAUUAUGACACGGUGCCUCAGCACUAUGACACGGUGCAGUAUUCAAAACCUCCUCAGCACUAUGACACGGUGCAGUAUUCAAAUCCUCCUCAGCACUAUGACACGGUGCAGUAUUCAAAUCCUCCUCAGCAUUAUGACACGGUGCCUCAGCACUAUGACACGGUGCAGUAUUCAAAUCCUCCUCAGCAUUAUGACACGGUGCAGUAUUCAAAUCCUCCUCAGCACUAUGACACGGUGCAGUAUUCAAAUCCUCCUCAGCACUAUGACACGGUGCCUCAGCACUAUGACACGGUGCAGUAUUCAAAUCCUCCUCAGCAUUAUGACACGGUGCCUCAGCACUAUGACACGGUGCAGUAUUCAAAUCCUCCUCAGCAUUAUGACACGGUGCCUCAGCACUAUGACACGGUGCAGUAUUCAAAUCCUCCUCAGCAUUAUGACACGGUGCAGUAUUCAAAUCCUCCUCAGCACUAUGACACGGUGCAGUAUUCAAAUCCUCCUCAACACUAUGACACAGUGCAGUAUUCAAAUCCUCCUCAGCAUUAUGACACGGUGGCUCAGCACUAUGAGACGGUGCAGUAUUCAAAUCCUCCUCAGCACUAUGACACGGUGCAGUAUUCAAAUCCUCCUCAGCAUUAUGACACCGUGCCUCAGCACUAUGACACGGUGCAGUAUUCAAAUCCUCCUCAGCACUAUGACACGGUGCAGUAUUCAAAUCCUCCUCAGCAUUAUGACACGGUGCCUCAGCACUAUGACACGGUGCAGUAUUCAAAUCCUCCUCAGCAUUAUGACACGGUGCCCCAGCACUAUGACACGGUGCAGUAUUCAAGUCCAUAG